GAACAACUAACUAAAUUAAGGGGAAAAAAAAAACUACGCAAACAUAAGCUUUUGCGCAGUAAAUUUUUGUCACGUGCACACACAUAUAUUUCUUGCUUGCUGCUUUUCUUUUUCUUCUUCUUCAUCUUCCAAUCUUCUAUCAAUUCCUUGCCAGUAUGGUAUAGCUUCUUCAUUAAUUCAAUUCUUCCGAUCGAUCCAAAUAAAACGUACGUACGUACUGUUAGGUAGGUAAGCUAAGCUGGCCUAAUGGAUUUGGUCUUCUUCUCUAGUGUUAUUGUUUUCCUGCAACUGCAAGUAAUAUUACACAUGGUAGUUUCCACCCAAUCACAUGGCCAUGCAUAUAGUUGUAGAUCCUAUUGUGGGAACUUGACGGUUGACUACCCGUUCGCCCUGCAAUCCGGAUGUGGGCACCCCGGAUAUCGGGACCUAUUGUUUUGCAUCAAUGAUGUCCUAAUGCUCCAUAUUAGCUCCGGCUCCUAUCGCGUCUUGGACAUAGACUACGCCUACCAAUCCCUGGCCCUGGACGAUCCUCACAUGUCAACGUGCGGCGCAAUCGUGCUGGGCCGCCGAGGCAACGGCUUUGUGGUUGAGCCGUGGCGGGCGACAUACCUCCAGCCCACCUCCGACAACGUGUUCAUGCUCCUAGGUUGCUCCGCUGAGUCGCCACUGUUCCAAGGUUUUCCCGGGAAGCACUUGCCUUGCCGGAACGUGUCCGGCAUGGGGUGUGAAGACUACUACGGGUGUCCGGGGUGGGGGGCAUCAGCAAAGAGUAGGAUGGGGGCGGUAUACGGGUCGGGUCCUCCGGAAUGUUGCGCAGUGGCAUUUGAAACCAUAAAGGCUAUAAACUUGAGCAAGCUUGAUUGCCAAGGCUAUAGUAGUGCAUAUAGUGUUGCACCCUUGAGAGUGAGUGGGGCCGAUGAGUGGUCGUAUGGGAUCAGAGUGAAGUUCUCUGUGCAAGGGGAUGACAUUUUUUGUAAAGCCUGUGAAGCAACUGGUGGAUCCUGUGGAUAUGAAGUUGGUGAUUAUACCAAUGUGUGCAUGUGCGCCACCUGGAAUUCUACAUCAAAUUGUGAUAAUUCAGCAGCUGCAAUUGAGUCGGCUUCCAGUACUACAGAAACAUGGUCCUUAGUGGAUGUUCUAGCAGCCGGACUACUUGCCUUUGCAUUUUUCUUGAGAAUUCCGAAUGUUGCGUGGUAGGUGCUUCAAUUCAGACUCAACUUGCAUUGUGGUUCCCGAUCCGAUCAAGCCCAAUUAAGCUCAUAGGAUUUAUUUCUUGAGUGGUUCAAAUUAAAUAAAGUGAAUAAUGUGCUUAUCAUAACAUACUAUGAAUAUAUAUAUAUAUAUAUAUAUAUAUAUAUAUAUAUAUAUAUAGAUAUAGAUAUUGCAUGCGAAAAUUUGGGCUCAAGUUCGUUGGAUGGACAGAUUACUUUCUUGAGCAUUUAGGGAAGAGGUAGGAAAAUUGUACGUGUUGUUGGUUUCCCAUGUUUUGGAUUGUAAGUAUCAAAUUUUCAGUAAUUUUAAUUUGGUAGUUAACCAAAUGAGAAAAAAAAAAGAGUUUUUUUUU